UAGAUGGAGCACAGGAACAAUGUGACCGAAUUUAUUCUCCUGGGGCUCACCGAGGACCCGAUGCUGCAGAAAGUCAUCUUUGUUCUCUUUGUGAUAAUUUACAUCAUCUCCAUGACAGGAAAUGCGCUCAUCAUGAUCACCAUCACUGGAAGCCCACUCUUGGGGUCCCCUAUGUACUUUUUCCUAGACUAUCUCUCCUUUAUCGAUGCCUGCUAUUCAUCUGUCAAUACCCCUAAACUGAUUGUAGAUUCACUUCAUGAAAAAAAGACCAUUUUAUUCAAUGGGUGUAUGACCCAAGUCUUUGGUGAACAUUUCUUUGGAGGUGCCGAGGUCAUCUUGCUGACUGUGAUGGCUUAUGACCGCUAUGUAGCCAUUUGCAAGCCUUUGCACUAUGCAACCAUCAUGAAUCGAAAAGUGUGUAGCCUACUAGUGGGUGUGUCCUGGGUGGGAGGUUUUCUUCAUGGAAGCAUACAGAUAUUUUUCAUCAUCCCAUUACCUUUCUGUGGUCCUAAUGUGAUAGAUCACUUUAUGUGUGAUCUGAAUCCAUUGCUUGCACUGGCCUGCACUGAUACUCACACUUUAGGGCUCUUUGUUAUUGCUAACAGUGGUUUCAUUUGUAUACUAAACUUCCUCCUUUUGCUGGCCUCCUAUGUGGUCAUCCUGCGCUCCCUGAAGAACCACAGCCUGGAGGCCAGGCGCAAAGCCCUCUCCACCUGUAUCUCCCACAUCACGGUGGUUGUCUUAUUCUUUGUGCCCUGUAUAGUGGUGUAUCUGAGACCUGCCGUUACUUUACCCAUUGAUAAAGCAGUUGCUGUAUUCUAUACAAUGUUAACUCCCAUGUUAAAUCCCUUAAUCUAUACCUUAAGAAAUGAUCAGAUGAAGAAUGCCAUUAGAAAAAGGUUCAGUAGGGAAGUGUUUGCAGGGGUUAAAUAA